AUGGAGCUCCCAACGAUCGAGCAACCAAACCUGCAAGCCAGUCCAUCCGAGAUCGAAGAAUUAAUCGAACGAUUCGAGCUGUGGUGCAGCAUUCGCAAAAGUGGUACACAGAAUCAGUCAGCUCUAUUUCUUACUGCUGGCCGCCGUGACCUGUACUCCCUGUUGAGAAACCUGGCGUUCCCUGAGGCUCCGGCUAAACUACCAUACGAGUCCCUGAAAUCAUUGCUUCUCAACCACCUGCUGCUCACUGAAUUCCAAGCAGACGAAAGGGCCAAAUUCAAUUCCAUGACUCCUAAACAAACAGUAUCACGCUGCAACUACGGUGAUCGCCUGGAAGAACAAAUGUCGGACCGCUUGGUGGCAGGCAUCAAAGGUCUGACUCUUCAACGAAAGUUGCUGAAGAAGAAAGAUUUAACUUUUGCCGAUGCUCGCAAGAUCUGUGAGCAACACGACGACCUGAUGAAAACCACUUCCAGCGAAUCAGUCACAUUAUUCCAACGGCAGAAGACAAGACCAAACCGACCUCCAAUGGCCAAGUGUGUACCAAAGCCGCAACACGAAUCUUCAGGCAACGAGGAACAUAUCAAUCCCUGUUUGUCAUGUGGAGCUUAUCAUCUGCGCUGUAAUUUCCGCUUCCGGAAUGCCAAGUGUCAUGUAUGCGGGAAAACUGGCCACAUUCGGAGAGUGUGCAAACAGCCCUUUAGCAAUCUUACCCAACCGACUGCUGGGAAUGACACAAACGAUUUGAGUGAUAGAUGA